GACAUUAACAUUACUGUCAAUAAAACGUGUGAUUGACGACGUUUCAGUUUUCUGAAUUAUCACUGGCUUUGGUGCUAAUGACGCCAUAAUAACCUAAAUUGUUAUUGGCUUAAAUGUAUAUUGGACUGUGUGACUUUCUAAAGAGGCGUGUCUGAAAGAUAUAUAAAAGGGCGAUAGUUGGUGUUGUAUUUAUUCCACUUUUGCGUUUGAAUUAAAAUUCAAAUAAUCAGAGGAAAUCGUGAACAUCAUGAGGCUACUUAUCGUUAACUGCAUUCUCCUUGCACUUGUGUGCCAGUGUGCCACAAAACCAUGUGUGGAGGAAAAUAAACCAUGCUCAAAGGAGACCGAAUCCGAAGAGACCAGUAGCGGAUGCAAAUCAAGUUCCGAUGAUACCGAUUCCGAUGAUCCAAAGUAUAAAAUCGUCAUACAAAUUAAGGAGGAAGGCAGUAGCAGUUCUAAAUCAAGCUGUCAGGAUACCGAGACGCCAUGUGAUGAUGGAUGCCCUGAUUGCUCAGAAACGGAGCAUGCUCAGUGCAACAAAACGACCAAACAAUGCGAAUGUAAAUUCGAUGGCGAGUUCCCCAGUUGCUGUCCCAAUUGUUCAGCCGGUGUCGGGCAAAUCUGCUGUAAACCAGGGAUGAACUGCGAGUCGGCCAACGUCAGAGAAUGUUUCUGCCAGUUCGGUGAAAUUCCAAAAGAUGGCCCUGUCCAAUGUUGUCCUAAUCAGUGUGAUGGGGGAAAUGUGUGCGCCGCAGAUGGAACGUGCCAACCUCCCCUUCCGUUUGGCGCGAAAUGCGUCGAGGACGGUGUCCGCUCUUCAAACGCAUGCGACAGAAAGGCGGGCAUCAAAUGUCACACGUACGACUGCUGUGGAAAAGCAGGAAAUGGCAUCGAGUGCCGCGACAAGUACUGCCUGUGUGAAACCCCUCGCGGCUGGAAGUACAACAACGAAACCGUUCCCUGCGUAUUCGAGGGAGGCCGGCCAGACAAAAAGCUAUGUCUGGAUGCCCCUGUUGGGUUCGGUGCUCCGUCUUCUUAACGCAGAGUUGCGAGCGUGGGCUACCGGUGACCUCGACGGUAGCCAACAUACAGUUACGAUUUUACUGUCCAAAUUGCAUCUGAAAACGUUAUGCUGACACCUCUGCACGUGCUCUAUAUUUCGUAAACAGUAGUUGGUACUGACAAUCUCAAAAGUAAAUAUUUAUAUAACCAAAUGUAUAAGAGUUUCACAGUAUUGGGACAUCAGAGAAUACACGAUAAAAGCUACGUAAAUCGUCAUUUUAAUAUAUUAUACAAUAAUUUAUAUCCGACCAUAUCUAAUCUGCCCGUUCUUGUACUAAAAUAACUUGUAUAUAAAGACCGUAUGAACAACAAAGAUAACAAACAGUCUUCCUUAGCCUUUCUGCUUACAUACUGUGCAUACAUAUUUACAUACAUCAUUUAAUUUGAACUGUAUGCGGCAUUGAUUGGAGUUGUUAAUACGUGGGCAUGUUGACAUCAGAAAGAAUACACUAAUACAAAUAUUAAAAGUGUAACAAUUCUGUGUGGAUCAAUUGCUUAGUUUGGUGUAACCAUGAUUAAGUAUAUUAAUGUAUUUACAUUUUUUAUGUAUUCUACUUGCUUAUAAUAAAACGUCAUCAUAGCAA